UGAAUAUCACAUCUCCAUCAACAGUGAUUCAUGGACAUGGACCUAUAGCAAGUACUCCAGCUGAAAUUACAGCAGGAGUGGGUAUCAAAGGCCGUGAGCUUAUGCUGAAUAUCACAUCUCCAUCAACAGUGAUUCAUGGACAUGGACCUAUAGCAAGUACUCCAGCUGAAAUUACAGCAGGAGUGGGUAUCAAAGGCCGUGAGCUUAUGCUGAAUAUCACAUCUCCAUCAACAGUGAUUCAUGGACAUGGACCUAUAGCAAGUACUCCAGCUGAAAUUACAGCAGGAGUGGGUAUCAAAGGCCGUGAGCUUAUACCGAAUAUCACAUCUCCAUCAACAGUGAUUGACGGACAUGGACCUAUAGCAGGAACAAAAGCUGAAAUUACUGCAGGAGUUAUUAUUGCUGUGAUUGUGCUCAUCACUGUAACGCGCACCACAGUUAUUUACUAUCGCCGCAGGAAAGGGCAAUAUUCUUUCAUACUGCACUCAUCAUUGCAGCUCAGUUGUGAGGAAGAAGACGACCCAUUUGAGAUAGUGGAGACUACCGACCCUGUGCUGUCUUCCUCUGCAGAGGACAAUGAGAAGAAUGAAGAAGAAUCUAUUGAGGACAGACUGACUACCUGUGUUGAAGCUAAGGAUUUGAGCUCCUCACAAAUAGAAAAAUCAGAGGACAGUGGAUCCAUGGGAAACAGAGAUGAGGUUGAUGCUGAAGGACAGGAGCCAUGUUCCCUGCACACAGAAAAUGAGAAAAAUGCAUCCAACGAGGAUGUCGCCAAAGCAUUGUGAAGCAAAGGAGGCAUGUUCUUCAGAUGAAGAAAGGUCCAAGGAUGAAGAAACCUUAAAGUUCUGUGUUCAAUGUUAACAUCAAAAUAAGACCGGUUUAUGUGAACAUUUAACUCAAAACAGUUCAGAUUAGAUCACAAAAGAGAACAGCAUGUCCAGGAGGCACAUCCAUUCAGACCCAGCGAAGUUCCUACAUAUGUUGUCAUUGAAUUCAUUUUGUUCGGAGUUUGUUUGUUUGUUUGUUCAAAUAAAUUGAAUUGAAAUUGUUUCAACCUUUACUCAAACUUAUGUGAAAUGUAUGAUCUGUCUAUAAUUGAUUAAAGACUCAGUCAGGAGGACAGGACAUCCACAAGUGCCAUGUCCCUGAGGACAGAAUAAAUGUUCUUGAAUACAUGUAAGUAUUUGAGGAAGAAUUCACAUUUGUUCAAAGUCUUUGAAAGGGUCUCAAACUUAAAAGUUGGGUGUUUUAGCUUUUUGAUACGGAGAAAGUGGUCUUCAAUAAUCUCAUGAAUGCUGGAGUCAAACUUAAGUUACUUCCUGUUAUGUGAGACAAAGGGGUCAUGACUGUAUCUUCAUACUGUUAUCAGCUAUCGCUGAAGAGAUGAAGGAUCCAAACGCAGAUUCUCGCUUUGAGAUUUAUUUAUAGUCAAAAGAAAGAAUAACAAAAGGUGUCCUCUGAAAGAGGGUUUCAAAAGACGGGCAGAGAAAACACGACGAAGGACGCCACCACCGCUGGACAGGGAACUGGAGAUGGCGAUCUGAAAGAGAAAAGAUUAUCAGA